AAAUUGAAUUGCAUAAAAUUACGCAAAAACGUGUGCCACAUUGCGUAAACAUGUACUAAAACUAAAAUAAAACGGUCAAUUCAAAACAUUCGAUUAAAAACCACAUUCAAGAUGGCGGAUAGAAAAUGCACUAUAUACCAGCCCGGUAUUAAAAUGAUUCCGUUGCAACUGGAAUGUCAAAUUACACAUCAAAACAAACAUGCUGGUGUAAAAAAAACACGAGCAAAAAUUCAAAACAACACACAAGUGUAGGCGCGCGCGCGCGUUUCCUUUUCGAAAUAUUUGUGAUCGUUUUGAUGUUAAAUAUUCAUUUAGCUAGCACUUGAUAAUUUGACCUUUUAGGACCGACGGCUUCAAGCGGAUCCGGUUUUUUUUCAACACCAACAUCAACGACAUGGUAUGGGACGUGCUGUCAGUCUGCGGUUGGCCGAUUGCCGGCAGCAGAGAUGAAUCACCACCGGUAGCACCGCGUGUCACACUAAUCCAAGAGCGGUCCGGUGUCGAUGGUAGCUUUCUGCUGGCAAUGCUAAUGACGAAUCAUCUUAAGCGAAGCACGAACAAUCACGUACUGCUGGUGGCCGCAAAUCAUAGUGCCGCACACUACACGGCCGCUUGCCAGAAGCUAACGUUUAACACAGCGUCCGCCGUACAGUCGGGCCAUUUGUGUAUCGUCGAUGCGCUAUCGGAACUGUACACCAGCGGUGGUCAUUGGAAUGAUCCCGAACUGUUACACCUUAUCGAGGGCCGGUUGUCUUCGGAACCAUCCAAAACGAACACACUCGUGCUGGUGGAUGAUCUUACCUGCUUCAUUGCGAUGCAUCCGACGAACGGUGAAAAUGCAGUUAUCGAUUUCGUAGAGCAACUGCUCAACACGGCCACGCACGACCACUUCGUACUGAAGGUGAAUGUUGCCGAAUGCUACGAACGGUUCUGCACGUUUCUGCUCGAUAUGGCCGACGUAAGUGUCACGCUGGAACCGCUCCCGUCCGGUAGUUUCCGUGAGCUGGACGGUAUCUUAACGGUGCACCGCAAACAAACCACAUCCCAGCUGAUGCCCGCCGUUCGCGAACAGUCGAAAGCGUUGCUCUACAAAGUGCACGACCGUAUGGUACGUACCUAUGUGCACGGUGAGGUUGGAAUAAAAAAUCUGUAAACAAAUAAAAAAGUAAAACCCCACAACACAUAA